AUGUCUACUACGGAAAUCGCCCAAGAUGGCGCACCCCGCGGUCCUACUAUCGAUUCCGCUACCCCUCCGGGCCAAACCCUGACCGGAAAACAGGAGCACUACCUCAAGCGAGAGCUUAUAUCUGAACAAGUCAACUGGGAAAUAUCAGAAUUAAACUCCCCUACGGCGCUUCGCAGAUUCGGCGCACCUUUCAAAUCGGAAUUUGGAGAGGUGUCGCCCUAUGAUUCUGAACUCCCCAUCCUACGUUACAUAUUCGUACACCAUGUACGAGAGUUCCCGUUUCUCGACAAGGCGAAGGAGAAGGAAUUCUGGCAGGACAAGCUGCAAGUCUUCCUUGAGUCCUUCGCUAGCAAGAAUAUCUCAUCUUCCGAAGAUCGAUUAGAAGAAACCAAGCGUCGCAAGCUAGCCAUAAAAUGCCGGAAACUAGUUGAGCUUAUGAUGGUGUCAGGGGUUCCCACAGCAUCGGGGUUCGAAGAGCGCAUAAGAUUUGCAGAGAUGGAGAUCGUAGACCGGGAUGCAAUCGAUACGGGUGUGUUAAAUUCCAUGCCGGAAGGACACUACGUGAACGGAUGGGACAUCAAUGUCGCCGGUGUGCGCAUUACUCGAGUCAAGAAACGUAUCAGACGUCACAAGCAUGCGGAAUUCCUAUUGCGCGUCAAACGGAAGGGAGAGCUUGAAUUCUACGUAGGCAGACGAUAUAGCGACUUUGUCCGAUUGCAUAAACGGCUAAGGACUGAACUACCAGGAAAAGUCCUCCCUCCGUUACCCAAGAAGAACAAGUCGGACACAGCUGCAGCGAGCUUAAUGUCGCGCAUGACAGAUGGUGCUGACUCUGACAACUCGUCUGCCUCAUCUGUUUCUACUAUCGCGCCCGGGUCUCAAAGUGGUGGAUUUGCAGAGUCAAUGAAGACCUUAACAGUUCGAGAUCACCGCCGGAAUAAAUCCGUGGCUUCUAACCGUACAUCGCCGCGCCCGUCCGUCGAAACGUCCGCGAGCAGGGUUCUAAGUCCCAAAAUCGACGAUGCAAUUCUCUGGCGCGAGGAUCAGCGUAUAUCGUUACGAGCAUACUUGCGGUAUUUGCUACAGAACCCCCAGAUUGCGCAGACCAAGGCUUUGCAACAGUUCUUAACACACAAUCCGGUCACCCCAACUGACGAAGAUGUCGACGACAUCUUUCGUCGCAAGGCCGUUGACGAGAAGCGUGUGGAGGAGCAGAAGCAAUUCUACGAAAUAGCAAGAAAGAGGGCUGCAGAGUUGGACGUGUAUAUGGAGCAGUUCCGACGAGAUAUCGUCGAGCGCAAUGGGCUAACAAAGCUUUUCCAAGAGAUCAAGGACAAAAACACCAUCCAAGAUCUAAGUCUCCAGUACCAGAAGUUUGCCGAGUGGCUCCGUAUCGAAGUGGCCGCAACUAUCUACCACCUUUUCCUUGCCGAAGAUAAUUCGCCAGAAUUAUUCGCGCAGCUUAAAAGGAUUCAUUCCUUGAUCCCUUACACUCUUAUGAAAAACCUCAUUAGGCUUGCGAACCCAGCUGCUGUUAUGUCCGGGGUGCUUGACCUUUUUCUAGCUCAGCCUUUUGGAACUCGGUCUCUUAUGCAACGAAUUUUCUCGUUGACGCUAAACGACGGAAUUAGGAGCUACCAGAAGUCCAUCGAUGCUUUAGCUAAUAUAAUCGGGGAUGACGUAUUUGUGAACAAACUACAGCAAUUCGCGGAUGCCGAGGAACAUAUAAAGGUUGCGAUCCGAGAAGAAGCGGACUCUGAAGGGGUCGAUAUCGUAGUUGCUGCUUUGCGCUCCGAACUUUUCACUCCAGCCCUCACUGGCGAACAGAUUGGGAGAUUAUACAACGCAUAUGUGGCCUUUAACAACGCGGUGGAAAACGUCGACGAGGAAUUAAAGCAGGGCGCGCAGCUUUUCUCACAUCUAAAGCAGCUUAUGAAGCUACAAACCAGACAACGCGAUAAGGCAAUGAUGCUUAGCUUGAUCGAAGAACCUGUCACUUUACAAUUAUUCCGGGACCUUUUCACCAUCUUCUACGAACCCCUGGUAAGAGUAUAUAAGUCGGCCAACGUAUACGACAGCAUUACCGACUUUGCCAUUUUUAUCGGUGAUAUGAUCCAGGUUGUUGAGAAGUGUAGGGAGCAGGAUGCCUCGGCAGACCCGAAUCAGACGGUACAAGCCUUCAUCGACCUAUGUCAGCGUCACGAGCAUAACUUCUACAAAUUCAUUCACGAGGUUCAUACCCACGACAACGGCCUCUUCACGCAACUCAUGGCCUGGAUAGAAGAUAUUUUAGAGUUCUUAAGAAAGGGGCCGGCUGGUGGAGCAUUAGACAUCAACGCCCUUUUUGAGGGAGCUGUUGCUAGCGGCAAUUUGGACAAGGAGAAGGCGAUUGCGGAAAUCGAUCAGCUUAUCGCCUGGCAAGAGUCUCGCAAAAAGUGGCAUCAGGACAAAACUCGGCAGAAGAUGGCUGCGGAAGGUUCAGUCGGUAUCGACGGUGGCGUACCGGGUAUGAGCAGCUUUCAGGCUAGCGACUUCGGGCUUAACGAGGCGGACUUGGAAGACAUGAGCUACGACGAUGGAUCUGACGAAGAGGCUGAAGCGGAAGAAGAGGAUGAGAUGGACCCCAUAGAAGCCGAAAGACGAAGGAGAUCAAAGAAGCAAGACCGUCUCAAGGCACGCGCCGGCGAGCCGCAGAAACCGGAGGUCAGCGAGGUGCAUCGGUUGAAAGAUAACUUCGUCCAGAUGCUCCGGCAUACUCGGAUCAUCGCGAAUAACCCACUACGGGCCAAGGAAGCGCCGAUACAUGUUAGCAACAAAUACCCCGUUAUCGACCACGAAUACGAUGCCAUCGUCGUCGGUGCGGGCGGUUCCGGUUUACGGGCGGCCUUCGGUCUGGCGGAAGCUGGUUUCAACACAGCUUGUAUAUCGAAGCUCUUUCCCACGCGAAGUCAUACAGUCGCUGCACAGGGUGGUAUCAAUGCCGCCUUAGGAAACAUGCACGAGGACGACUGGAGAUGGCACAUGUACGAUACGGUAAAGGGUUCUGAUUGGCUUGGCGACCAAGAUGCUAUCCAUUACAUGACGAGAGAGGCACCCGCCUCUAUUAUCGAAUUAGAGAAUUACGGCUGCCCAUUCUCGAGAACGGAAGACGGAAAAAUCUACCAGCGUGCUUUCGGUGGUCAAUCGCAGAAGUAUGGCAAGGGUGGUCAGGCCUACCGUUGCUGCGCUGCCGCUGACCGAACGGGACACGCUCUCCUGCACACACUCUAUGGUCAAUCUCUACGACACAGCACUAACUACUUCAUCGAGUUCUUCGCCCUCGACCUGAUCAUGGAAGACGGGGAAUGCCGUGGUGUAUUAGCUUACAACCAGGAGGAUGGUACCCUUCACAGGUUCCUUGCGCAGAACACUGUCUUAGCCACUGGUGGAUACGGACGAGCCUACUUCAGCUGUACCUCGGCACACACUUGUACCGGUGAUGGUAUGGCCAUGGUUGCCCGCGCCGGUCUUCCCAACCAAGAUCUCGAAUUCGUCCAAUUCCACCCCACUGGUAUCUACGGAGCUGGUUGCUUGAUUACGGAAGGUUCCCGAGGUGAGGGUGGUUACCUCCUCAACUCCGAAGGUGAGCGAUUCAUGGAGCGAUACGCGCCUACCGCGAAGGAUUUGGCUAGUCGUGAUGUCGUCUCGCGAUCCAUGACCCUGGAAAUCCGUGAGGGGCGAGGUGUUGGUCCUGAGAAGGAUCACAUCUACCUUCAACUAAGCCACUUGCCUGCUGAGAUCCUUGCUGAGCGUCUACCUGGUAUCUCUGAGACUGCCGCCAUCUUUGCUGGUGUCGACGUUCGCAAGCAGCCCAUCCCCGUCCUACCGACCGUCCACUACAACAUGGGUGGUAUCCCCACGAGGUACACCGGUGAGGUUCUCACUGUUGAUGAUAAGGGUAACGACAAGGUUGUCCCUGGUCUGUUCGCUUGCGGUGAAGCCGCUUGUGUCUCCGUCCACGGUGCCAACCGACUUGGUGCCAACUCUCUGCUGGAUCUUGUAGUCUUUGGACGAGCCGUUUCUCACACCAUCCGAGAUAAAUUUACCCCGGGUGCUAAGCCCAAGCCUAUCAGCGCUGACGCUGGUGCCGAAUCAAUUGAGGUCCUCGACCAGGUCCGCAACUCCGAUGGCCCUAAGAGCACAGCCGAAAUUAGACUCGCCAUGCAGAAGGCCAUGCAGUCAGAUGUGAGCGUCUUCCGUACACAGGAAAGCUUAGAUGAGGGUGUGAAGAAGGUCACCGAGAUCGACGGUACCUUCUCUCAAGUCGGAAUCAAGGACCGCAGCAUGAUCUGGAACUCGGAUCUCGUCGAGACCCUCGAGUUAAGGAACCUGCUCACUUGCGCUACCCAAACGGCUACUGCCGCCGCUAACCGAAAGGAGUCCCGUGGUGCUCACGCCCGAGAAGACUACCCCGAACGAGACGACGACAACUGGAUGAAGCACACGCUCACCUUCCAGAAGAAGCCCCACGGAAAGGUCGAGCUCGGAUACCGACGAGUCAUCGGCACGACGCUAGAUGAGAACGAGUGCAAGGCCGUCCCGCCGUUCAAGCGUACUUACUAA